AUGAUUCUCCAGUCCAAAUUCGCUGUCCUCGUCGCCCUACUCACUGGCGCGGUCUCCGCUAUCAGACCCACCGCUAAUCUACGUAUCGGUAAUGGAAUCAUUGCCCCUGAUGGAUUUCGCCGCGACUCUGUCCUUGCUGGGGGUACGUUCCCAGGUCCCCUCAUCACCGCCAGGAAGGGAGAUCCGUUCUCGGUCAAUGUGAUUAAUAACUUGAAGAACGGCACGAUGGACUUGGUCACUGCUAUUCAUUGGCACGGUAUCACCCAACACACUUCCACAUGGGCUGAUGGCGUUGCAUUUGUCUCGCAAUGCCCGAUCAUUCCCGGCAAAUCUUUCCAAUAUAAGUUCAAUCCUGGAGAACAGGUCGGAACUUACUGGUACCAUUCACACUACAAGGCGCAAUACUGCGACGGUUUGCGGGGAGUCAUUGUCAUUUAUGAUCCAAAUGACCCUUACAAGGCAAUGUACGACGUCGAUGAUGAAUCUACGGUUAUUACACUCGCCGACUGGUAUCAUUACCCCGCCCCUCAGACUCCGGAAGGGUUUGGUCACGUAGCUCAUCCCUCUUCCACCCUCAUCAACGGUCUUGGUCGAGCUCGAGAUGGGCCCGCAAACGCACCGCUUGCUGUCGUCAAUGUCGUACAAGGAAAACGUUACCGCUUCCGUCUUGUCUCCAUCUCUUGCUUCCCCAACUUCGUCUUCUCUAUCGACGGGCACAAUAUGACGGUCAUCGAGGCUGAUGGUGAAUACACAGAGAAGCUCUUGGUUGAUUCUAUCAAUAUCUAUGCUGGUCAACGUUACUCUGUCAUUGUCAAUGCUUCUCAACCCAUCAACAACUACUGGAUUCGCUCCAAACCGAUGUUACCUCAAGGCGCCGACGGGACCAUCGACACCUCUUUCAGUGGCGGUCGCAACUCUGCCAUCUUCCGCUACAAAGGUGCCUCCAAGACGGAGCCUCAGAACGCGCUUUCGGUCAGCACCUUGCCCUUGAUUGAGACCAACGUCCACGCCCUGGUUAAUCCUGAGGCGCCCGGCGCUCCUACCGUUGGCGGCGCGGAUGUUGAUAUCAACCUUCAAGUCACAUUGGCUCCAUUGCCUACCGACAACUCGACCUUCGUGUACAAGGUAAACGGCGAGACAUUCGAGUCUCCCGACGUCCCAACACUGCUCCAGAUCAUGAACGGGAAUUCCAACCUGCUGCCAGCCGGGUCCACUUACUUCUUGCCUCGGAACAAGUCGAUUGAGCUUACCAUCCCCACAGGGGCGCAGGGUGGAGAGCACCCCGUCCAUUUGCACGGCCAUGCAUUCUCGGUUGUCCGCAGUGGCGGGAGCAGCUCUUACAACUAUGCGAACCCUGUCCGCCGCGACGUAGUCAGCAUGGGCCCUCAAGACUCCAAUUCGAAUGUCACUAUCCGGUUCAGAACCGACAAUCCCGGGCCUUGGAUCUUCCAUUGCCAUAUCGAUUGGCAUCUCGAAGAAGGAUUUGCUGUGGUCUUUGUCGAAGAUGACCCUAGUAUCCAGUCCACCAAUCCUGUUACGCAGGAGUGGAAGAACUUGUGCCCGAUCUACGAUAAAUGGGUUCAGGACCACCCUGACUCAAGCAACGAUGACGGCAACGCGAGUUAA